ACAGAAUUAGAACUUUAUUACAGCUAUUAUGGACAAUCGGACGUAUUUCGAAAGAAAAGAUGAAAAUGUUGUCGUGGAAGAGUUAUCAUCCCUGACGACGAUACCAGAGGACCAGAUGGUGACUGUACAGGAAGAAGUGAUAACCACAGUUGACACAGACACAGUCCAGAAACCUCUACCCAUAUCAGAGGAGGUUAUGGAUGAGGGUCAAGCCCCUAAAAGAGAUCCAGAUCAGAUUGCUGCAAUAGAGAAACGCAGGAAACUCACUCUUAAACCUAAACCUGUUAAAACGGAGACUGGGAAGAUUAAAAAGAAGAAGAGUAAGGGAGCGAAGAAAGAAAAGGGACGAAGAAAAGUGUCAGCUUAUUUACUGUAUUCACGACACAUGCGACCAAGUGUGGCUAAGGAAAAUGCAGAUCUAAAAAUGAUUGAAGUAACGUCAAAGUUAGCUAAAAUGUGGAAUGAACUUGAUGAUAAUGACAAGGAGUACUGGAAGUCAAAGGAGGCGGAGGAAAAUUCAAAGGUAGUGGUAGAGAAGAAGAAGAGUAAGAAGAAGAAGAAGGUUUUAGCACCGCUGGCACCAGACGGACCACCUGAAGCGCUAGACUUGGCUGCUCAUUUGAAACUUCUUGGAGACUCUAUUACCAAGAUGGGCGAGAUUACUGGCGAGCUAGCAGAAAGGGGAGACUCUGACUACAGUGAGUUGACAGUCUCUGCACUGCUCACCAACCUACUAAACUGCCUACUCUGUGCAUCGGCUCCCCUCCUCUACCUCACCUCCCACGUGGAGCAACUUAACGUUAUAUCAGAGGAGAAGCAGAUUAGGAUGUUGGAUAACAUUGCGUACAUCAUGCCUGGUCUGGAGAACUUCAAGGCUUAGGAACGAAAGGGAAAUUAAAGCCUGAUAGCCUAGAGAUGGCAUGUUGCUUCUUUUUUGAAAUUUAAGUUUGACGCCUAGAUGACAUGUUACAAAUUUUAAGCACGAUAGCCUAUAGAGAACACACUAUAGAGAUGUUUUGGUGUUUAGGUGUUAUUUGAAUUUUGAUCUGCUAGAACAUUGUAGAACAUUCCUUGAGAACGAAUUGAAAGCACAUUGAAGUACAAGAACAAAAGUUUACAUGAAUCUGCUUUCACAACAAGGUCAUUUGUUGAACAUGUUAGAAAUCUGUCUUGCGUUACUGACUGUGAUGGUGGUCAAGUAAUUAUGCAACAAUUUUAGCUACUUAAUAAAAUUAAAGAUUAAGUUUUAAAAUUAUUUGAUAUUGCAGUAUUAUGGCGAGUUUUCUGUUAACUUUCCAAAAGUCUAAACCAGUGAGCCGAAGAGAUCCCACCGGCGCGGUACUCCACAUACGUCAAUGUUUUUUUUAAUUUACAAUCAAGCGUUGAGUUUGGGGAAAGGAAACAGCCCAGUAAAUUGUAGUUUGCGGUAAAUUGGGGAUUGCGGUAAAUCGAGGUUUUAUUGUAAUAUUGUACCACCAAAUGUAUCUUUUACUAUUUCAAUGGUGGAACGUUUUAAAUGUUGUAACUAUGUAAUACCAACAGUUUUAAUCGUUAUCAUUUUCAACCAUAUUUAGA